AUGUUGUACACGCUCCCACAUCUGCACAGUGGCUGGCAGGUAGACCAGGCCAUUCUUUCUGAGGAGGACUGCGUGGUUGUCAUUCGGUUUGGGCACGACUGGGACCCCACCUGCAUGAAGAUUGACGAGGUUCUGUACAGCAUUUUUGAAAGGAAAUGGAAGAUAGUGGGAGAUGUUCCUCAUCUGUUAUGA